AUGGAUACAGAAGACAUAGGCUCAGGUAAACUAGGCCAAAUAUUGAAGCAGAUUUGGAGACGAAACCUGAUGCUAAAGCAGGCGCUCCUGGUUGAAGACCAUUGUGAAGGGGCUGGCGGGGCCACUUGGAUAGCCACAGUGGUCUUUCUGGGUCAAGAACUCAGUGAGGCCCUUCACCAACUCUUGGAACACACUGCAGGGACUCUGCGCUCCACCUGCCAGCAGCUGUAUGUACUGCUUGACAAAGAGAAUCAUUGUACCUGGAGACAAGAAAUCAUUGCAUUCAUAGAUUGCCUCAUGAAAAGAAGUGAAUAUUUGGGGAGCACUGCUACAUUUCUAAAGAAAGAAGAAAAGAAGAUGUGUAAUUUAUGCAGCAUGCAUGAUGAAUGUACUCCACUGCAGACAAUGUCCGCCAUUCAAGAUAUCAAAGCAACAGACAUUGCUGCAAGAGGGGAACAAAGUGUCAUAGAAACAGCUACUGUUUCUCCCACAAAUGGAGAGGAAAGUCAUUACACAAACCAGGUCCAGUUAAAAAAAAAACAACAUAGGAGUUCAGAACUAGUGGGAAAAGAAAAUAAUACAUCAUUGAAGGGAGAUGUAACAGGGCAAGAAGAGUCACAGAACAAAAUGUUCCCAGAUAAUGCAGAAAAUGAAGAUGAUAAACAAAUAGAACACAUGACUGUUGAGAACAUAAAUGGCAACAGGGGAGAGAUGCAUGACAUAAUCCAGACAAGAGAAAGAGAAAUUCAAGAGACCUCAGAAAGCCAAAGUGAAGAGAUUACCACAUCCUCAAUAACAUGUGAUAUCUCCAGUAAAUAUGGGAAUAGUCCUCUUCCCAGUGAUUGAGAGAGUCUAAAGCAAAAGCAUAACAUCAUGGAAAAGGACUAAGUAAAUGCAAUGUAUCUUGAUGUGCUGAGUGAUGAUACUGUCACCCAAGUGUCUUGUUAUAUUACAGCACCAUCCUAUGUUCUACAACAUCUAGAAUGCUGGAUAAUUAAUAACAUGAGUUCCUUAAUAGUGAGUGAUAAUGAAGAAUUAGUCAGCAAUGUUAUCACUGUAGAGUGCUCAGAUAUGGAAAAGAGAAUUCCAUUUCCACUAUGCAUUGCCAUUCCAUUUACUGCACAUUACAGGGGAAAUUACAGAGACAUCAUGGUGAAAGUGUCUGAUGUAGACCUUCAAUCAAGUUACCUGACUCCAAAUUCACUGGAAGGAAUGAGAGGAAGUUACAAGGUCACCUGUGCUGAAGUGAAAGUUUAUAAGUUGGGUAUCUUUUCUGUUGUGUCUUGUUUAAAGAAAGAGUCCUUUACAGUAACAAAGAAAGGCCUUACUCUUAAGCCAAGCAUAGAUUCUCAAAUAUCCUUAAAUUACCCUCCAGGAGUUUUCAGCUCAUCAGUACUCGUACAACUAAAGGUAAAUAUUAAAAACUGGACAAAAAGCACUUCCAUAAGAAAACCUGGGAACAAUACUUGUGAAUCUUUGAAAUUAUUGGGAUUCAGAAGCCAAGACAGUGGUUGGUUUGUGCUUGAUGGUGUGGUAGUGAGAACCGUGCAAAGUGGCUUGAUAUCAUUUGAAUUGCGCGAACAUUUGGAGAGGUUUAUAGUGCUUCACCCGUCUUCCAUUGUGGACAAUAGCCAUUUGGUUUCUUUUGUGAAGUCUUUGGAGGAAGCCAUGCUCAGCAUCACUGUUUGCAUUGUACUUUAUCAGCAGAAACACAACCCACAUAGAAUCGUUAUUUUAGUGGUGCCUUCUAAAGAUUUACAUCAGGUGCUUAGGGACUUGCGCUUGGAAGCGUCUAGUGGUCCUCCAGAGCCAUCUCGCCAUUUCCAAGUGAAAGAAGGAGAACAACUCCUUUUAAGGUUUACUGGAAACAUAUUUGCUUCAAGCAAUGGGAAGGAUUAUGGAAAAGACUACAAGCUUAUUUUUCAUUUACAAAGGAAACCUAGACUGGAAAUCCUAAUCAAAGAGGUGGAUGAAUUUGGAAACUAUAGCUGCCCUUAUUAUAAGGGCAUCAUUGUAGUUUAUAAAGUACCUAAAGAAAAGAUAGUCCACAACUUGGAUCAAUCUCUUAUACUUAAUGAAAACAAUUAUCAGUUGCCAAUUUGCAAAUUACCAUUGAAAUUGCCAAAGCAUGAAAACUUAAUCAACCGUCCACAGAGUACCAAAAGAAUUUCUACAGAUCCUCUAGAAGCCCUGUGGGACAACUUGCUCUACUGGCUGGCAGGCGAGCUCUCAGAAGAAAACGUCCUGUGUCUCUCCUCAUCCCUCCCCCUUCGCCGCAGCACCGUUCAGCUCAUCAAACUGAAGAACCCUGAUGAUCUCACAGAACAGACCCACGAACUUCUCUGCUUUUGGAAAAGAUCACUCCCAAAUUCCACGGACAAACUUCGCCUUCUGGCUCGCCAUCUCCGCAAGAUCGGCAGGAGUGACCUUUCAGAAGAGCUCAAAUUCAAGUGGGAAAAUAAAGUGUCCACUGAACCCCAGCAGUGGUCUGAUGUGGUGGAGUUCAGCCCCGUUGCUCUUUCUUUUGCCCUAGAAAAUGGGUCAUAG